UUCGUACUUUCGAGAAUCUCUCCCUCGCUCUCUUUUCCAUAUUGAACGAAUUCGCCGAUUUCGCCCGCGUGUCUUCGCGCUCGCUCGGGAUCCCGAAGAAGACCUCGUGGUGCCUCGACGAGGAAACGCGACCUUCUGCGUGUUUUUCGAUCCGAUGAGUGUCAGGUUAGGACGUGAAGGUCGAGACCGCGUGUUUGCAAAUUGUUCCUUCUCCCUUGUUUUUUCAAUCUUUUUCGCGCGAGACGCGAUCCACGGAAUUGUGCUUGUAAUUAAUGAUUAGGUUAGAUUGUGAUGUGAUUCGAUCGCAAAUAAUUCUGGUAUAUCGGUAAUAAGAGCGGUAAACUCCCGUUAGAAUGCUAAUAUUCUUCCCGCUCUUAUAACGAUGAGUUCUUAUUAUAUCUUCUUUGUUCCGCUUUUAUUAGACGUAUCCACCAUCGAACCAUUAAUUAGCAUUGUGCGCUGUGUCUUGCUAUCUGAAUGGACAAUAAGGUGGAUGUUUCGGAAGUUGAAAAUAUUUCAAUGAUUGGAACAUCUGGAAUUUUUCACCUGCCUGACGUCCCAGAGAUAUCGGAGGUAUUAGAAUCGACUGGCCUUAGCCCUUUAACUUCUUCCUUGGAUCAAGCUCUAACGCUGCAAGAAGAUAAAUCUCUCUCAUCUGAAGUUAACAUGGGCAUUGAAGAUACAUGGACUGAAGCAAACAGUUCAACGUCAGAUUAUGCGAUUCCUCUUCCUCCGCCACCUGGAUUAAAUGAUUUCUCGGAUGUCGGUGCUGAUCCUAUUGAUUCUGGGACAGGCAUAGAACAUGGUCCAUUUCUGCCACCUGGUACACCAGCGCUUAACAAUCUUUUUGCAGAGGCCGGAGAUUCUCAUGAUGACUCGCCAAUGGAAGUAGUCAUCUUGCCUGCAGGCGUGUGUGGUCUUCGUAACUUGGGUAAUACCUGUUUUAUGGCAGCUGGGUUACAGUGUUUAACCGCAACUCCUCCUGUCCUACGACAUUUCUUGGAUUUACAGCAGAGAGGAGAGAAACUGCCUCCGCCUGGAUCAUUAAUGGCACACUUUAGCGUACUCCUCGGGAAAAUGUGGUCUGGAAGACACAGUGUACUCAGACCGACAGAAUUUAAACAGACUUUAGGUGCUUAUCAUUCACAAUUUAAGGAUUAUAGGCAGCAUGAUUGUCAAGAAUUUUUGGCGCUUCUAUUGGAUUCCCUCCAUGAGCAAAUGAACACAGCAAAGUGUGCCAAGAACUGUCAAGUUCCAUUGUCUACGACCACUGCCAAUUCUUUUAACUCUAUAGAAAAUUCAAAUGGAAAGACCCUUUCUCCUAUCACUGCCACAGCUAAUCCCAAUUCAGAUCUUUUGGAAAUGUACGAAUGUUUAUCACCAGAAUGUCCAAAUAGUCCUAAUGUAACUAUGGCGGGUUCACCAAGAGACUUCGAUUCGUCAAUUGGAGAGCUCGAUAGUAUCACAAAUUCACCGAGAGAUUCACCGUUAAAUGGCGAGGACGACGAGGAGACACUAGAUUCAGACGAAAUUAUCGAGGCGAGAUCGAACACAUUUAUUCACAACAAAGUGAACGAGGAGGGCACAAAUGAAACCACUCCGACGCGAUCUUUGAGAUUGGACACACUGAUCGAACUGUCGAAAACUGUGCCGCAGUACGGUGGCUUAUACGAUAUUCACAAAGAAGCUAAAACCAGUAAUGCUAAUUUCUUAGUAACGCAACAAGAAUGUAAUAACGAGAUCCAUUACGACUCACAGAAAUUUCCAAAGGACAAUGUCCGCAGGACGCCGCUAGACAAUUCGAAUCUUAUGGAAAAUCACGACUUUGAUAAUAAAAGUGUCAGUAUCAAACGUAUUAAAGAGGUGAAUGUUCAGAAGGUCAACGGUAGUCUUGAUCACGCGUCCAACAGUUCCGACAUCGAGUACGACAGCGGUCUGGAAAAAUGUAACGUUAAACGCAUGAGACUGGACGACCAGGAGAAGAAUCACAAGCACGACAGUCUCGGCAAUGAGAACACUCAGUGCUCGCGGAUCCCACAAAAUUAUGGUACCGGCGCUAUCGCUGCGCAAGAAGAGAUCGAGGCGGAUAAGCACUGGGUGAAGCACUUGCGAUCCAAUAAAAGUAUCAUCGUUGACACCUUCCAGGGCCAAUUUAAGAGCACGGUAGUGUGCUCGGUUUGCAACCAUGUCUCCGUUACAUAUGAACCUUUUAUGUAUCUAUCGGUACCUCUACCUCACGCGAUGGAGAGACAGUUAAAUGUUACAUACGUUCCUGCAAAUGGUGAUCAACCCAUGAGGUGCGUCGUUUCCUUAAACAAACAGUCGCGAAUUGGUAAAUUGAAAGAGGAAUUGUUAAAAACGCUUGGCAAGGAGAAUAUCUCGAUCACGAAUAUUGCACUUGCGGAGGUUUUGGAGUAUCACAUAGCGAAGAUUCUGGAUGACAAUACACUCUUGAGACACAUCAAUGAUACGAAUCGAUCGAUAUACGCCUUUGAGCUUACGGAACCUCCCGAUGCGUACACUUCAGUAUCCGAUGGCGGCGGGGAUCGUCCGAUGGAGGUGGAUUGCCAGAAAUGUACGAUAACGGGCGAGGAAGUGCCAUGUAUGAUCUGCCUUGAGGAAUUGGAUGGCGAUUUGAAGAGGCACACUACGAAUAGCUGUAACUUCGUCGUGUGCGAUCCUUGCAUUGAAAAUUACUUCAAGAAUCAUUCGGAGCCUCAAACGUGUCCGAUGUGUUCCGCGUAUAUGACAGCCUCGUCAUUUACGAAGAUAGAUCAAACGGGCCGGCCGAGACCUAUCGUACGUAUUUUGAAUGUACCUUUAGUGUUGAGGCACGACACGACGAAUGAGACGACGAACAAUCGCAAAAGUACGAAGCUCUUCGGUUAUCCCCACCUGAUACGACUCCCGUCGAGGGUGAACGCACGAGAUCUAUACGAUAUCGUCAAAAAGAACGUGCCGCACGAAGGAUGUUACACAAUUCAUUUCGUCGAUGGACAGGGUCAUCAUUGUUCACGAUGUAUGUACACUGCGCAUUGUACAGGAUGUAGUGUACCUGAGACGGGAAUGGUCGCAUUACAAAACGGUGAUACGCUUGCGGUUCGUUAUACCGAAUAUGUUCCUAAGAUCUUGCCUCCCGUUGAUCACGUUAGUGUCAGUAAACAACGGCCGCAUCAUCCACUAUCUCUUUACGAUUGCCUUCAAGCAUUUAGUCAGAGUGAAACGUUAGACGAACAUAAUCCUUGGUUUUGUCCGAAAUGUGGAUGUAACCAAUGUGCUACAAAAACGCUUACGGUACAUCGAUAUCCCAAGUUCCUCAUUGUUUAUCUUAAACGAUUCGUGUUUUAUGAAUGCGCGAGUAUGAAACUAGACGACAAGGUCACAUUCCCUUUGGUGGGUCUGAGCGUGGGACGUCACCUUUAUGAUCUCUAUGCCUGCGUGUGCCACUUUGGAGGCGUCUCCGCGGGUCAUUAUACGGCGUAUGCGAAGAAUCCUCGUACGGAUGUGUGGUAUUAUUACAAUGACGAGAUUACGAGCAAACAGAAACCACAGGAUGAGGAUUUUAGCAACGCGUACAUAUUGUUUUAUAGUCGACAAGGGACCAACUUGAAACCGUGCAAUAUAUAACAAGUGGUAUAUUUAACUUGUUAGCUGAUAGAACACGUCGAUCAGACGGAGGAGGAACAAUCGGGGGAUAGUGGCGAAAAAAAAGGAUAAAUGAAGUAUAAUGUAAGGGGGAAUUUAUAUUUUGUGUUCUUCCACGUGUUUUUCAUUACGAACGUUUACUCGUGUAUUUCUCAUACGUUUGCAAUUUUUCUCUUUAUAUAUUUCGUUGCGCUUCUAUUUCCCCUGCAUCUCCCUCUCUCCUGCCUCUGCUAGAAUUUGUAUUUUAAAAGUGCAACAGUAUCUCUGAUGAUGACGCUGCGCGUUGCGUUUGCAUUGGAUCAAAUGAAAUAUCGAUAGCCAUUGCUAUGGUGAGUUUCUUUCAUGCAAUUAUGAAGAGAAAACUUGUCCUCGCUGGUUUUGAUAUUCUGCGCUAGUGCAGCUUAGGCCUGAUCUAUUUCACGAGAAUUCAGAGAGAGAAUUGAGCAUAUUUGUAUUGCAUAUAUUGUAAACGUAUGUUGAAUUUGUACAGUAGACGGUUAAAUGUAGAACUCAAGAAUUCUAAACACGUAAUUUAUUAGUGAUUAAAGGUGAACGUCUUGAAGAAGUCAGACUUAAAUUACGGCUCCCUCCUUUUAUUUGUGAGCCGGAGAAACGAGAGGAUUUUGCUCAUGAAUAGCUAAGUGUUGCGCUUAUAUCCGAUAUUUCUUCGUUAUCGUUAAGUGAGAAAACAUGGAGGGUUAUAAAGCGAGAUAGAAUAUUAAACACAUUUUAUGAAACGCAAU